AUAAAGGGUCACAGGCACAGCAUCCCUCUCUCAGAAAGUCUCUGGCCCCCAAAGAGCAGAACUUCAGACGCAAAAACUGGGUCUGAAUUACAGUGAAGACUCAGAACAACUUAUACUGAAUUUUCUGGACUUGCAUCUGGAGGUAUGGCAAGCUAUCCAACAUCAGAAGAUUAUACAUUUUCAACUUACGAUGAUGAUGAUUAUGCCAACUCCACCAUCGAGGGACACAUAGGUGGUGAUCUUGAAGAGCUAUGCGAAGCCAGCAGAGGACAGGAGCUCACCAUCACAGUCAUCCAGACGACAGUCUUCCUCAUUGUCUUCAUUUUAGGCGUAGUUGGGAACGGGCUGGUCAUCGCCACCUUUGCAAAGUACCGCCGACUUUGUCUGCGAUGCAUGACCGAUGUCUUCCUUUUCUUCCUGGCUCUGUCUGACAUGCUGCUUCUGCUGACAUUGCCUUUACAGACGGGUCAGAUGCUGAUUGGCAGCUGGGUGUUUGGUGAGGCACUGUGCAAGGUGAAUAGUGGCAUGUACGCCAUCAACACCUACAAUGGUCUGCUUUUGUUGGCGUGCAUUAGUGUUGAUCGUUAUUUGGUGGUGGUUCGCACCAAGGCCAUGCGGAGGCUGAAUUCUGGCACGCUGUGCUACAGCACACUGUCUGCUGUUGCUGUCACUGUGACUUCUGUGAUCCUAAGCCUGCCAGACCUACGCUUCUCCUCUGUAAAAGCAGAUAUUGGUUCAACAAACCUCUUGUGCAACAUGAACGUGUGGGCCAAUGAAAGUAGUAAAUGGAAGCUGUGGGCCCAGGUGGCAAAGAUCGCAGGGUUCUGUAUUCCUUGCGUGGCGAUGGUGGUUUGUUAUUGCGCGAUAGGCCGCGUGCUGGUCCGUGCUGGUGGGAAAUACUGGCGUAGACAGAAGACUCUACGUCUGAUGGCACUGCUGGUGGUUCUUUUCCUGCUGUUCCAGCUACCCUACACAGUGAUACUGUUGCUCAGAAUAUUCACACCGAAACCAGAAACCUGUGGUGAAUGGACCAGGAUCCGUUUUGUGGAAAACUUGACACGCAACCUGGCAUAUGUGCGAUGCUGCCUUAACCCUUUGCUCUACGCACUGGUUGGCGUAAGAUUCAGAAAUGAUGUCCUAAGGUUGUUGAUGGACGCCGGGUGUGCAUGCUUGUGUAUAUCACACCUGACGCCACAAUAUGACAAUGGAAGCUCCUCCUCUGCUCCAACUGUGCUUUCACACCAGCCCUCGGCUUACCUGCCCGCAAAGAACACACCUGCUUCGGCAAAACUCACUGCGGCAGGAGACACAUCAGAGACCUUCAUUUAUCCUAUAUUUGUGAAAAGGACUUCUGUUAUUGGCUAGUGUCAUCAGUGAUUGCUGAACAUCAGAUGGCUCUGAAAUAAAUCCCUUCAAAGUUUAAAAGCAAAAAGAGACACAAGUUUUAUAUGUAGGAGACAACUCAAGUUUUAUAUACAAUCUGCACAAUGACAAGAUAGAUAUAUGAUAUUGCACUCAACUCAUAACCUAUGCUUUUUUUUUUCUUCUUCUUUUUUUUUUCAGAUGUGUAUAACUUUCUUUCUUCUGCUGAUCACAAAUUAAGAUUUUUAGAAGAAUAUUUCUGCUCUGUAGGUCCAUACAAUGCAAGUGAAUGGUGACCAAAAAAAAAUCAGCAUAAUAGUAAUCCAUAUGACUCCAGUGGUUAAAUCCAUGUCUUCUGUAGAGGUCCAAUCGAUUUUGGCUGAAGAACAGACCAAAUAUAUAACUCACUAUUUUACUAUAAAUCUUGACCUCAGUAGUUUUCUUGGUGAUCAUGACUUCAAGCUUGAUUUAGCUGAUCUACACCAGCUGAUUUUUCCAAUGAUUUUCAGGUGUUAGCUUAACAAUCACUGCCCAGGCAGAGGGAAACAGAGUGCACAUUAGCACCUAUCAGGGGGGGGUGAUAAUCACUUGACUGUCUGGACUCCCAGCUGAGUUAAUGCCUGGAAAAUACACAUCUGCUUGCUUGAAAUUAUCACUGGAUGUGGGGUGGGAACACACCACCAAGGCGCGUUCUGCAGAGAAAGCAUGCCGUCUGGAAAGUGCUCGUGGACGGUGCAUUUUGAGAAGUUUAUUGCUCUUUGGAGUCAGCAUGUAUGUUUUUAUUACCAUUUAAAGGAAAAAAGUGGGGGCCUGGGUAGCUCAGUGGUAAAGAGGCUGACUACCACCCCUGGAGUUCGUGAGUUUGAAUCCCAGGGUGUGCUGAGUGACUCCAGCCAGGUCUCCUAAGCAACCAAAUUGGCCCGGUUGCUAGGGAGGGUAGAGUCACAUGGGCUAACCUCCUUGUGGUCGCUAUAAUGUGGUUUGCUCUCGAUGGGCCACGUAGUGAGUUGUGCGUGGAUGCCAUGAAGCCUCCACACGCGCUAUGGCAACACGCUCAACAAGCCAUGUGAUAAGAUGCGCGGGUUGACGUCUCAGAUGCGGAGGCAACUGAGAUUCAUCAUCCGCCACCCGGAUUGAGGACGAGUCACUAUGUCACCAUGAGGACUUAGAGUGCAUUGGGAAUUGGGCAUUCCAAAUUACUGUGAAAAUGGGGGGUGACAAUGAAGCGUUGAGAAAAGUCAAUGGCAGACGUUAAGUGUGACACCUUCCCUCCGUUUUUAAUCCGUAAAUGUGACAGGCUCACUGACUAGGAGGGCAAGAUUAGCGAAAACAGUCCAUAAGUGUGACACCCCCCAACCCAAUUCGAGUUGUUCUGUCUGCUAGUGUAGAGCAAGCUUUACAGGUCCUACCACCAUCCAGCGCUCUGCGCAUGCGUCAAGCACUAGGAAAUGUAAUCAAGCUUGAUAUCAGGAUCAUGCCUAGAGACCCCAAUGGCAAGAUGUACAGUGAAAAAGGAGUUCUUACCCAAAACUGUUUAGAUCGCUUCACCAUUCGCUUGCAUUGAAUGGACAAACAGAGCUGAAAUAUUCUUCUAAAUAUCUUAAUUUGUGUUCUGCAGAAGAAAGUUAGUCAUACACAUCUGGGAUGGCAUUAGUGUAAAUUAGAAUAAAUGAUAAGAGGAUUUUAGUUUUUGGGUGAACUAUUCCUUUUAAGAAGAUCACUUGCCUUGAAUAGGCCUAUGUAUGAAAAAUAAAUUCUGUGCUUAAUUCGUCUUGUGUUUUGUAGCAAAGGAAGCCCUUAUGCAAAUCCACAACAAUGAUUUAAAUGCAGUGCUUGAAGUGGAAGAAAAGUGCAAGUCCUCCCUUUUUUAGUAUUAAA